AUGUCGAUCUUUGGAACAGCCCGGUUGGUCAUGGUCUUCGAUUGCUUGUGGGCUCUUCCUCGACUAGUGGGCUUGCUUGGGGUAUCUGUGAAAGACAAGACAGCUUGCCUCUGGGAUGAUGGCGAGGUGGUCUUUACUGCGACUGCGAGGGAGCACAUCGCCAUUGCAGUCCGAAACACACUCCUCAAGCCGGCCGAGACAGCAAACAGCGUCCUGCAUAUCUCAUCCGUCGAGUGUUCCCUGAGUGACAUUCUCGCGACAGCCAAGAAGAUCUCCGGGAGUGAAGACUGGACGGUAACAUAUGGCGACUCUGCCGAACAGAUUGCACAAGCGAAGCACGAUAGACAGCACGGUAAGACAGUUGGAUCGCGCAUGAUGGCAUUGGGGCGUUUGGCGCUGUUGGUCAACCUUCGCGAAGAGUGCGAGCCGAACUUCAAGAGGCGAGGCGUACUUGACAAUGAGGUGCUCGGUGUACCUGAGCUACCUUUCGAAGUUGUGCUACGCCAAGCAUUCGCUGAGGAAAGAAGUGAUCAAAUUGACUAUGUAAUCUGA